CACAAAAUAACUUGUUUUGGACUUCUUCAUCUUCCAAUCCCUCUUUCAACAUUCCGCCAUGGAUGCUUCACAAGUGGACGUCCCUCCUCUCAAGGAUCUCACCAUUGACAACAUCACAGACAAUGUCAAGCUAAUCAACUCGAGAUGCCCAAAUCCACGAUUGAAAUACAUACUAGAACGAAUAGUACAACACCUCCACGACUUCGCAAGAGAAACUCGUCUCAGUCAUGAAGAAUGGAUGACAGGUCUACUCUUUCUCACAUCAGUUGGCCAGAUCUGCACCGAUGUCAGACAGGAGUUUAUCCUCCUCUCCGACAUCCUCGGCCUCUCCCUCCUCGUCGACUCAAUCGAUCACCCCAAACCCCCCUCCAGCACCGAAGGCACAGUCCUCGGUCCUUUCCACUCGCACGAAGCCGAGACGCAACCAAAUGGCUCCAUCAUAGCCCAUGACCCCGACGGCGAACCCUGUCUCGUCGUAUGCACAAUAAAAGACACCGCGGGCAAGCCGAUCGAAGGCGUAAAGAUCGAUAUUUGGGAAACAGACUCCAAAGGCUUCUACGAUGUACAAUACCCGGGUCGUGAAGGACCCGAUCAAAGAGCAGUGAUGCAUUCUGACAAGGAUGGGGUAUUUUGGUUCAACGCCAUCACGCCUGUGCCUUACCCGAUUUCUCAUGAUGGACCUGUGGGGAAAUUGUUGGUGCAGUUGAAGAGGCAUUGUUACAGGCCUAGUCAUAUGCAUUUCAUGUUUGAGAAGGAGGGUUAUGAUCAUUUGAUAACAGCUCUUUACCUACGCGGCGACCCUUACGAGACGUCCGAUGCGGUCUUUGGUGUGAAAGAGAGUUUGCUCAUUGAUUUGAAGACGGUCUCGGAAGAGCAUGUGAAGGAAUAUGGUGUGAAGGCUGGGACGAGUUUGAUCACGUACGAUUUCGUGCUUGUGACGGAUGAGGAGUCGAGAAAACUACGAGAAAAGAAUGCGAUGGAUGCUAUGAAGGAGCUUGGCAUCAAGGCAAAGCUUUGGAAUGGAUUGCCUGUGCCGGACGUAGACUGAGUACGUACAGUACAGUAAGUGACUCCAGACUUCUCAUGGAGCGAGAUCAAAAAGCGUGUUGGUUCGUCUAUCGGUGUUACUAGGUCCGAACAAUGAAUGUCACUUGAGAUGCUAUAGCC